AUGACAUUUUUACAGAAAAGCAACUGUCGGCCGAGUACGCGCCAAGAGAAGCACUUGAGGCAGCAAACCGUAAAGAACCUCCAAAAUGAACGCGUUGGCGAAGAGGAAUCAGACCCUGAGGCUGAAGACGAUGAGAUAUCGGCUAUGGAAUCGAAGUUGCUUACUCCUCUACAAGCUUCAGAAUCCAUGAGGGCGUUAAGGGACUUUGUGCUGGCUUCUGAAGAGUCAGGGGCAAGAGAGCACGAGUUCCUUCGCUCUUUAAGCAUUACGGUUGGCGCGUUUAUCUUGUGUUAUCUUCCAAUCAUCGUGAURCUCCUACGACAAGCUUAUUAUGGUCUGGAACCAACAGCGUCUCAAGCCAUCCUGUUUCUGUCUUUCACCAACACACUAAUCAAUCCCGUUAUUUACGGCCUCCGAAGCAGGGAUUAUCGGAAGGCUUUCCUUAAGCUGUGCAUUAAAGAUUCUGACGUCAUUUCUGGUUGCAUUGCGUCACAGAGAAACCGAGGAACUACUAAGGGGACCAAGAGUGAACAGAAACAACAGAAUAGAGCUCCAGGUACGGKAAAGGUUGAUAACAUCAGUGAACUGUCGUCUACUUCUACGUCUUACUCGUUUGUCAUCACUAGGGCGUUGUUUCAAACAGUCUUGUCAGAAGUUCUUGAAGAUGGCGAUUGUUGA